CCACGUCAUCAACAAUAUCCAAAUUGUCUGUUAAACAAAACCAAAAAAAUCAUUUCAAAACCUCUCCUCCUCUUCUUCUUCUCCACUCCUAUCCUCUCCUCCCCACUCCACCACCUCUCUUCUUCUUCUCCCAAUGGACCUAACUUUUUCUCCCAAAUCCCAAACCCUAACACUCCUCUCCACCACCCAAUUCUCCUCCAAUCCCAAAUCCUCAGCCUCCAUCCGCACAGAAUUCCUGGGCUCCUCUCACCAUCUCCGCCCACCGGGCCCCAUUCGCGGCCGGAAGUACAAGAAAAUCAAGAUUCGUGAGAAGAAACGAGCUCAAACUGUGCUGUUAAUCAAUGGGUCGUUUCGUUUAGAUUCUGUUCUUCUUGUUGUUGCUGUUUCCACAGUCUCUGCUUUCUCUUUUGCUUACUUUCAUCACCACUUUACUAAUGCGAACACCAAGAAAAAGAUUACUUCUUCUAAACAGGUUUUGGGUGAUGGGUUGUCGAAAUUAGGCAGAAAUAUUGUGGAGAAUUUAAUUAGGAGUCCUUUUUUGGAUGCUGGGCAUUUUCAUAAAGUGAGUACUACUACCGUUCUUGAUGUUAAGAGCGAGGAUUUGUUGGCGGAGGAUUCUAGAGAGAAGCAGAAUAGCUAUGUGAUUGAGAAUAGUAAUGCUUUGUCGAAUCAGAGUUCUGCAAUUUUGGUGAAAUCAGUAGAAAAUAAUGGAAAUUCUGUUUCUUCUAGUGUUUCUACUUGUGUGGUUACUAAAGAAAAUGAUGCUUCGUCUUUGAAUUUAGCGAUUCCUGGAUCGGAAAGUGUAUUGCCGCUUGAAUUUGCGAGGGAAUUGUCGGAUUUGACGGCUGAAAAGAGUAGAAGUGAAGCUGAGGUUGAUUCUGAGUUGAGGAUUGAAACGAUUGUAAAUGGGGUUGAGGUUGAUUCUGAGUUGAGGAUUGAAACGAUUGUAAAUGGGGUUGAGGUCGAUUCUAAGUUGAUGACUGAAAAGACCGUAAAUGAAGCUGAGGUUGAUUCCGAGUGGGCUCAAUUAUUGGCGGAGAAGACUAAUUGUGCUUCACCUUCUGUAAGUGAUGUAAAUGGGGGAAAACAUGAUCGUUAUGGUAUCAUUAGAGAAUCUGUUAGAGAGGAUCUUUACACAUUUUAUAAAGAAAAACAUUCAAAUAGGAAAUCGCCAUGGAGCACAAAUGGUUUAAGCAAAGUGCCUUCUCGUGCCACUUCUUUAAUUGGGAACAGCAUUUCUUCAUCGAUGGUUAAUCAUGUUAUGAUAGAGCCAAGAUCAGCACAUCAGUCCCCUCAAGUUGCAGAGUCCGUGCAAAGUGAAGUUCAUCUAGCGCCUUAUGAAAGAAGUCCUCCAAAAAAUGAACAAGCAGUAGGAAGUAGAAGAUUUCCAAGGGAGAAGGAAAAAGUGCAUGGGAUUCAGGAUGAGCAUACAAAAAUACCCGAGUUUCCCUAUCUAAACGGGGUACAUGCUAUCAAGAAAGAUCAUAUUCCAGAGCAAGUUUAUGGCUAUAAUCGUUUGCUAAGAGAUGGGAGGUUAGCCGAGUGUUUAGAUUUGCUUGAAGAUGCGGAAAGAAGAGGAUCGUUAGAUAUGAACAAGAUUUAUCAUGCUAAGUUUUUCAAGAUCUGCAAAACUCAAAAGUCUGUUAAGGAAGCUUUUCGGUUCUGCAAGUUGGUUCCCAAUCCAACCUUGAGUACAUUUAACAUGCUCAUGUCGGUGUGUGCAAGCUCACAAGAUUCAGUAGGGGCUUUUGGAGUUCUAAAACUUGCCCAGGGGGCUGGACUGAAAGCUGAUUGCAAACUAUAUACUACUUUAAUAUCAACCUGUGCUAAAAGUGGAAAAGUCGAUGCAAUGUUUGAAGUAUUUCAUAAGAUGGUUAAUGCUGGGGUUGAACCAAAUGUUCAUACAUAUGGAGCACUUAUUGAUGGCUGUGCCAGAGCUGGAAAAAUGGCUAAAGCAUUUGGCGCUUAUGGAAUACUGAGGUCCAAGAACGUUCAGCCAGACCGAGUUGUCUUCAAUGCACUUAUCACUGCAUGUGGUCAAUCCGGAGCUGUGGAUCGUGCCUUUGAUGUAUUAGCAGAAAUGGGGGCCGAGAUACAUCCUAUUGACCCUGAUCACAUCACGAUUGGUGCAUUGAUGAAGGCCUGCGAAAAGGCUGGUCAGGUUGAUCGGGCAAAAGAAGUCUACAACAUGAUGCAUAAGUUUAACAUCAAGGGCACUCCAGAGGUUUAUACUAUUGCUGUUAAUUGUUGCAGUCAGACAGCUGAUUGGGAUUUUGCUCGCAGCAUUUAUGAAGACAUGACGAGAAACGGCGUGGCCCCUGAUGAGAUGUUUCUCAGUGCAUUGAUGGAUGUGGCGGGGCAUGCUGGAAUGUUGGAUGUUGCAUUUGAAACCUUACAAGAAGCCAGGAUUCAAGGAACGCAGCUUGGAAUUGUACCAUAUAGUUCAUUGAUGGGAGCAUGCAGUAAUGCAAAAAACUGGGAGAAAGCACUAGAGCUUUAUGAAGAUAUCAAGGCCAUCAAUCUGAAGCCAACAGUGCCAACCAUGAACGCUUUGAUCUCUGCUUUGUGUGAUGGGGUUCAGCUAUCAAAAGCCAUUGAAAUACUGUCAGAAAUGAAGAGUUUUGGCUUGUGUCCAAACACUAUUACGUAUUCUAUACUCAUAGUGGCCAGUGAAAAGAAGGAUGAUCUGGAUGCUGCUCUCAUGCUUCUUUCACAAGUCAAACAAGAUUCUGUUGCCCCUACGCUCCUCAUGUACAAAUGUAUAAUUGGAAUGUGCUUGCGGAGAUAUCAGAAAGCUUGUUCCCUUGGUGAACCUAUCUUGUCUUCUGAUUCAGGAUGGCCACAAAUAAGAAAUGAAUGGACAUCAAAGGCUUUAAUGGUCUACCGCGAAACAAUUGCAGCUGGCGAGAAACCUACAAUGGAAGUUGUUUCACAAGUUUUGGGAUGCCUGCAGCUUCCUUAUGAUGCUUCACUGAAAAGCAGAUUGGUUGAAAAUCUGGGUGUCACUGCCGACCCAUCAAAAAGCUCAAACCUUUGUGCUUUGGUGGAUGGAUUUGGAGAAUAUGAUCCUUGUGCUUUUUCAUUGCUUGAGGAAGCUGCUUCUCAAGGAACUGUUCCUUGUAUCUCCUUCAAAGGAAGUCCCAUUGUUUUUGAUGCUAAACCGCUGCAAAGUCAUAUUGCGGAGGUAUACUUCUUAACCAUUUUGAAAGGUCUCAAGCAUCGGCUUGCUGCUGGUGCAAAGUUACCCAGUGUGAACAUUUUGCUACCUAUUGAGACAACGCAAAUCAAGACACCUGAAGGGGAGAAAACCAUCAACGUCGCAGGAAGGCUCGGUCAGGAUGUUGCGUCUCUUUUGAGAAGGUUAGGGCUGCCUUAUCAGGGGAAUGAAUCGUAUGGGAAGAUUAGAAUCAACGGGAUUUCGUUGCGAAGAUGGUUGCAACCAAAGCUUUCUUCUCCUUUCAGCGAAAGACAAGAAGAUUUGAGCUUUUCCCUAUCACGAUUAGGGAAAGGAAUAACUCAUCAGCAGCGCAAUAUUCGAACUGGCGAUUUGUCUAUGGAUUAAGAGGAGUUACAAUCAAUUUUGCUCAUAUGAAAAUGGCUUUAAAAGAUUGAGUUAUAGGAAGAGUUUUUCUGCAGCAUGAGAUGACAGAUGAUUUUACGGAAGAUGGGUCGAGUUGCUGCCUGUUCUUGAAUGACUUCCACAAAUUUAUGAGCAGAAGUUGCAACCAUAUCGAGCAGUCUGUUCCAUUUAUUGCUGAAAGAAAAGAGACUGCUGUAUCGAGCAGUCUGUUCCGUUUUGCACAAAAAUAAAUGAAUCAUGCUCAGGCCAACCAGACGUUGUCGUUGCCUUUGCCAUUUUCUGCAUCCUUAAUAACAGAAGUUCCAAUGUCAGAAGUGCAAGAAUAUUAAGAUUGCUGCAUCACAUAAUGUAUAAUAUUGAUUACUUGUAAUUUUUGAAGAUAUUAUCUACCAAAUAUAGAUUGUAAGUUUUGAAUGUAUUUACAACUUCAUCAUGGUUUUUUGGUUUCA